GACAAUAUCCAAGAUCGGCCUCCACAUCUUCGGCCGAGCCUUGUUCUUCGCAAUGGGCUUCCAAGUCAAAGUCAAAGGGAAAGUCGCUAGUCCUCAAGAGGCGCCCAUCUUGGUGGUCGCUCCGCACUCAAGCUUCUUCGACAGCAUCGUUUGUGCCGUGGCGGGCUUGCCCUCGGUGGUGUCCAAGGAAGAGAAUAUCUGGGUGCCCAUUUUUGGCAUUUCUUUCGAUAGAAAGAAAUGCCAGAAGGACUUCUCUGGGUUACAGGUAGAUUUCUGGAGAUCGGGAUGGGGCUGA